AGCCCAAGGGUGUGGUUGAGGCACCCGCUGAAGGUCAGGAAAGCCAGAAGAUUUCUUUUGAGGUCGGAGGGAAGAAAGUGUCUCGACAGGAAAGCCAAGUGGACACUGCUAGACAUGUGCUGGACCGGGCUUUUCUUGUGAGAGGAAAUGGAUCCUGGAAUGGCUGGCAGCACCAGCUAAUGACUGUCUUGGUGGGGGGCAAGGACUUGCCCCGUACAGUUACCCCCAGUCCAUCCCAAACUAUUAGAGUGAUCUUGGCAAAUUGAGUACAGCCAGAUGAUGAAGGGACCCAAAGCUCUCUUAAUUUGUAAAGUUUUUUUAUAUCCACCUUGUGAGAUCGGUAUUAUCAUCCCUAUUAUGUUGUUGCCAGUGUGCAGAUGAGAAAACUGAGGCGCCGAGAACUAAUUUGCCUUUGCCAGGUUCCCUCAGCUAUUAAUUAGGACUGUGGUCUACCCAGGAUUAAAACUACUGAGGAUUAGAACUCUGGUCUACUGACUCCAAAGCCUGUGCCUUUAUGUUUUAUCAGAUAAAAACUUACAAUAGAGUUAGAGAGGCAAAGAAGUAGGUCAGGGAGAGUUAGUAAAUUGAAAAUCCUAUUCCAGCACCUAGUAGGAUGUAAAGAUUCCUGCUCUGCUUUGGGGAGAUUGCUCUAGGAGCAGAGGGAUUGAGGAGGUCCCACACAUCACAGCCUUUGUCCUUUGGGUUUAGUGUCUGGCUAAAGGCCAGGAAUGCCAACCAGAUAUUACCCAGUGUCUAGAGAAGGCUUUACAAAGAGGACUUGAGUGGCUGUGCUGGAGACCAGCCAUGUAAUUUUACACCUGCUCUGUGCAAUGCCUUGGUGGCUUUGCAAAGAGAGAGACAUUUUGUAAGCCAAUAUUAACAUACAGUCCAGUGCUCAUAGCUCCCUAAGAAGAACUCUCUGGCAGCCUGCUUUGUGCCCAGGCUUUGUUUAUGGUUCCCAAAGAUAGAUUUCUGCAUGGAUCAGAUGUUGAAAGAGGGCUUUAAGGGGGCAGCUGAUUGCAUCUCACCUCAAGGCAGGUAGUGUAAACUUUUUGCAGAGUCCUGGGAAUUUCUUUGAUUAUGAUGUCCACUUCCUGGGGGUGAGGAAGACAAACAACAGGACUGAGGAGAAACACUUCCCAUAGUGAUCUUCUUUUCCCCUUUGUUUCCAGCAAUAUAUAUGUCCCACGUUAAUCGAGAUGGCUUGUUACCCAUGUUGCCACUUUGGAUAGCAGAAGAAACAAGGAUGUUUUUCAGAGUAAUGGGAUACCUACCUACCUGAUGGAUAGUUCUACUUGAAUGUUUCACUGGCACCUCAUAUUGAACUACUGCACCAAUCCCCUUUUACCAAGUCCCCAAAAUACUUCUUUUCUAGUGUUAACUACACUGUGAUGUUACUACCAUCUACCCAGUCACCAAGCAAGUAACCUGGGGUUAUCCUCGACACUUACCUCCCCAUCACCACCCCAACCCUUGCCAUUACCAAGCUUUGGUACUUUUAUUAAAUAGUUGUCAAAUCUGUAUUACUCUCUUCAUCUGCACUGCCACCAACCUAAUCUGAGCCACUAUCAUCUUUUAUUGGAUUAAUUGAAUAACAGAGGUGCUUUUGUUUCACAUAAAACAAAGCCAGAGGCAUUAUUAUUUCAGGGUAAGCUAAUUCACUGGUUUAAUGACGUCUUCCAAGGCUCAUGUUCCUCCAUCUUUCUGCUCUUAUAUACUCAGCAUGUUAACUUGUCUUCUUGGGCUGAUUGCGUUCAUGAUCCCAAGAUGGCUGCUGCAGCUCUGGUCAUCACAUUUAAAGGAUAACAUCCAGAGCUGAAGCACCACUGUGUGGAGAAACCAUCAGACCUAUGCAGCAUUAACGUGAGCGGCCUGAAAUUGUCCAAGUUCCUGGACCUUUCCUUCAACAGCCUGACUGCGGAGGCCAUCUGUGAUCUGGGGAUUCUGCCACACCUCCGUGUCCUGCUCCUCACAGGCAAUGGACUCACCUCCCUGCCGCCCAGUUUGGCUGUCACAGAGCAAGGUCGUGUUCUCAUCUUAUCCUGGAUUUUCAACCUCAGAGACAAGCAAGGUAUGUGCACUUCCUCCCAUAUUCGAGAUUCUUCCUGUGAAGUCACUGAAGGCAAGGAACCAGACGCUGGCCCCGCCCUUCCCAGAGCUGAGGUACCUUAACCUGGCCUACAACAAGAUCGCGAAGGAAGAUGCCAUCCUGCCAGUAGCUCUCUUCCCAUCUCUCUGCGAGCUCAUCUUCCAUAACAACCCUCUGGUGGCCCAUACACGAGGGGUCCCUCCACUGCUAAAAAGCUUCCUCCAGGAGCGGCUGGGAAUCCGCUUAGUUCGAAGGAAGAUAGUAAAGGCUAAGCAUCGUAUUUUGAUGCCUCGGAAGGACUCGCGGAAGGUGAAAGCCCAAGUCCCAAAGGUGCCAAAGAAGCCUCUGAUUGUCCAUCACCCACCCGUGAUCACAAUCAAGUCUUCCUCAAAGGAGAUGCUGCAGUCAGAGGCCGCACUGACUGAGGAGCUGCCCACCACCAAAACCAUUUCUGUGGCGCGAGAGAUGCCCAUGGAGGGCUUGGAGGGCCUUUCCCUGUCCCACCGGACCUUUGUGCCACUGCCUCCCAUCCGCUCUGACUCUGCUGUGUAUAGUGAAGAGACAUCUCACCUCAGCGACCCUGCUGGCCGCCACAGCCCAGACGACGAGGACACCAAGAGCACCGAGUCCAUCUUCUUGACCCAGGUGAGUGGGCUGUCUUCCUCCAUCUUCCAGAAGGAUGACUCAGAAGUAAAGGAGAAAGGCCAAAGACCACCCACAGUACCCAGAGUUGUGAAGAGGACUCAGAAGAAGCUCCCAUCUGCCUCCCUCCCCAGCAAGUACCAUGGCUAUGAGGAGCUGCUGACAGCCAAACCUGAUCCGGCCUUCCCUGAGCCAAAAGGAAUCCAGAAGAAUGCACAGGCCCUGCAGCACAUGCUGAAACACCCGCUCCUGCACCACUCCUGCAAGCCCAGGCUGGACACUCUUCAGAAACACUAUGUUCCCAAGGAGAAACGGACCCAGAGGAUCCCUAUUCCACCCCCACGGAAGACUCGAGCUCAGCUGCUAGAUGAUGUCCUCAUUCGCAUGCGGGACCCUCGGAACAUUACAGAGGCGCCACUAGGAGCUGUCCUGCGCCAGCGGAAGGAGCAGCGGCUGGUGAACCAGAAGCAGUACCUGGAGGCCAAGAAGCUGCUGAAGGAGUUUCGUGCACGCUACCGACGGCUGGUGCAUUGCUCGCUACGGACAGUGUUCAGAGCCACAGAGCCGCCCCAGGUCCACCCUGCACUGAGUGAGGGCCACCCUAAGUUUGGCCGCUUCCUUGAGUUCAUGGACGAGUUCUGCCAGGAGCCUAUGGCCAGUGACUCGAAAGGCUAGGGCUGCACACACAGCCAUGUACGCCACCCAACCUGCGCCCCACACCCUCCACGGGGAUUCCAUGCCCUUGACUGCUCCUUGGGACAAGCGCGAGCCUCGGAGCUCUACUGGGCCUCGCUCACUGGUGGCAGAGAAUGGGGAGAUCGUCAGGACCUCCCUUCCUCGGGCCAGGCAGAAACCUGGCACAACAGCAAUAAAGAGUGAGUGCAUA